UACAGUCCAAUAAAGCAAUUGAAGAAAAAAAAAAAAAAAAAAAAAAAAAAAAGCAGGAGGCAGUAGCGGAUUGUGCCGGAGGCCCGGGGCUCGGAGCAGUGCACAUUGCUGGGAUGUUUUCCUAGGAGGCAGCCUUCCUUUGUGUACUGAGGAGAAGGGGGAGAACUGUCCGCACAGCACAGCCCGGGGGUGUAGCAUGUAAUGCCCCGCUGCCAUCCCGGGCAAGUCCGAGUGAAGAAGUAAAGUUGUGUCCCGGCUGAGGAGACCGCACGGUGCGAGAUGCCAGCCCUGCCAGCAUCUGCCGCACACCAAUAGCUACAGGCGGGAGCUCGCCCUCCAGCCCCGGAGAGUAUGGGAAACGGUAUGUGCUCCAGAAGGCAGAAGAGGAUCUUCCAGGCUCUCGCCUUUCUAGCUGUGGCCAUUGCAUUCGUCUAUGGAGCCCUGGUGAACUAUGAGUUACAGAAGCAGCUGAAGAAAGCCGAUGCCUUGGCACUGAAGUACCAGCAGCACCAGGAGUCCCUGUCUGCACAGCUGCAAGUGGUAUAUGAACAUCGCUCAAGACUGGAAAAAUCUUUACAAAAGGAAAGACUUGAACUUAAGAAAGCAAGAGAAGAUCAUCUUGUUUAUAAACUAGAAGCACAAGAAACGCUGAAUAAAGGAAGGCAAGAUUCCAAUACUAGAUAUAAUGCACUCAGUGUGCAGCACCAAAUGCUAAAGAGUCAGCAUGAAGAAUUAAGGAGGCAGCACAGUGAGCUGCAGUCAGAGCAUGAGAAACUGGGAGAAGAUCUAACUAAAACCUUUAGUGACCAUAAAGAAAAAUAUAUACGAUUGCAGCAAGAUAAGGAACAAGAGGUGUCAAAGCUUAAAGAAGGCAUCUAUAACCUGAGAGAAGAGAACAAGCAGCUGAGGAAAGCCCACCAAGAUGUUCACACCCAGCUACAAGAUGUCAAGCAACAGCAUAAGAACUUGCUCUCCCAAUAUGAACAAGUUGCAAUGAGCCUGGAUCACCACAAGAGUGCACUGGCUGCCUCACAGAAACAAGUAGAAGACUUUUUGCAACUUAAAAAUGCUCUGAAUAAAGUGUCAAGUCUUCAGCAGCAACCAGGAAAAAGCACGCCACCCUCAGUGCCUAGAAUAGGACCAUCCAUUUCAGCCCUGCACGGACAUAUCACAGGACAGCAGGUUGUAGAUAACAAUAAGUCACCACUGAUAAAUAUUCAGGCUCAGCAUGAGGCUGGACAUGAAGACACAGUCGCACCGAGCGAGGCUGCUAAUGAAGAGGGUGAACGUCAGGACACAGAGAGGACUGAACUUCACAAGGCAGAUGAAGACACUGGCCCUCCUCUGGAAGCUGGUCCAGCCACAGAGCAUCCUGUGGAGGUUGAAGAGGAACAUAAAAAAGAGCUGGAGGAAGAAGAGAUGGAGCAAGUUGGAAAGCCAGAACGCUUGGUGGAGGAGCAAGAUCAAUUGCAGGAGGAACAAGACCAGCACAGGCAGGCAGAAGAUGAUCAGAGACCUGUAGGACAUGAAGAAGAAGAAGAAGGAGAGGGGGAGGACAACUUUCUGCAUGAACAGGAUCAUGCUGAGAGAGAUCAGACCCCUAAGCCUCAACUGAAGUAUAAAUCUGUCUAUGAGGAGCAGUUGAAGCAGCAGAAACUAGCAGCCAAACAAGAGGAACAAGGCAGACAUCUCCACGAGCAACAGGAGUCUCUGCAGCAGCACAGGCUACAAGGACAUAUUCUACGACAGCAGCAGAUACAUAAUAAUAAAAUGGAGAUGGAGAGGCAGAAUAAAUACAAAGAGGGGCAGAUUGCAGAGAAGCUAAGAAAACAAGCUCAGUAUGAUAAUAUGGAUAAUGAUAUUGUACAAGGAGAGGAAGAGCAGCGUUUGCAGGAAGAAGCUGGAGCAUAUGAAAGGGAAAAUCACCAAGAAGAAGCUGAAGAAGAAGGUGACACAGCCAAAAAUGCAAAUGAAGAGCCAGCUACGGACCUACAAACUAUGAGCAGGGAACAAGCCGAGGCGGCUGCAGAGGAUGUUAAUCCUGCAGAUGAUCCCAAUAACCAAGGGGAAGAUGAAUUUGAAGAGGCAGAACAAGAACGGGAGGAGAACUUACCAGAUGAGAAUGAGGAGCAGAAGCAGCAGGACCAGGCACAAAAACAAGAACAUUUAGUGAUGGCUGGAAAUCCUGACCAGCAAGAGGAUAAUGUAGAUGAACAGUAUCAAGAAGAAGGAGAAGAAGAGGUUCAGGAAGAUCUAACGGAGGAAAGAAAACGAGAAAACAAUGCAGAGGAACUUUAUGGGGAAAAUGAAGAAAAUGCUGGAAGAAAACAGAUUGGGGUAGAAAGGGAACAUGAAGCUCCCCAAAAAGUUAAUGGCGAUAACCAUGAUGAAAAUUAUGAAGAAGAGGAAGAAGAAGAAGAAGAAGAAGGAGACGGAGCAGCAGGAGCAAAAAAUAAGAGGCGAGCCGAGAUGUAAUGCUCUAAAGGACUCUAGAACACCAUGUCCCAUUGCAGAUUCCAAGCUGGCCUUUUUAUGUUGUAUUCUUUUUGUAUUAGAAUCUGACACAUUUAUAUAAAGCUGUAUUUUAUUAUAUGAUGCUUCUUUUAUUAACUUAAAGCUUUAGCAAAUAUUUCAUAAUGCACAACCGUUUAAAAACAACGUCGAGCAGCUUUCUUGUGAUUGGAGUACUAAUACUUACAGUAUUAUGUUCUCCUAUACACAAGAGCAUGGUGGUACUACGUAUUACCAUUACUUAGACCAUGUCACGCACCUUGUUUUAGGGCAGAAGAAUUAUAGAUAUUGUGCCUUAUAUCCCUUUUUAUGAGAGGGAAUUCAGACAGUUUCCUGCUAUAUUUAAUAUUUAAUGUAUGCGGUAAUCAAGGUAAUGUAACCCUUUGGCAGUGAUUGCGACAUCUAGAGAAACUAUUUUGGUUUAAAAUGGCUGAAAGGGAACCUGUCACAUUGAUCAUUUAUUCUUGUCUGCCAGAAUCAUCAUUGUAGAGCAAGAAGAGAUGAGCAGAUUGAUAUACAAUGUUGUGGGAAAAGAUGUGUGCCAUUUGUAUUUUAUAUAUCUAAAUCUCAGCUGAUUCUGAGCUUAGGUGUCCUCAGGGCGGUCCUUAUUAGUGACAAACCGCUAUCUCUGUAUGCACACUCAUACAGAAAAGGAUAUCAGUCUUUGAGUGAGACUGCCAACUGGACUCCUAGUCAUAGAAAAAGCAGAGAUUUUAUUGAAUAAAUACUAGUACCGAAAGGGGUUCCACAAUUUAAAGAGUACCUAUCACCAUCUAAACUUUCCCUAAUCCCCCUCCCCAUCUGUCCCUGACUAACUCUGUCCCUGCAUUUAUUUUGCUUUAAAAACCCCUAAAAAUACCUCUUUUCUAUGCUCUCCAGUAGCUCAAUUCAACCGCACAAUGCACAGGAGGUUGUCAUAGCAACGGCAAGUCCAUGAAUGAGCAGAUAAGCAGUGCAUAUAUAAUUAGCCAUGUGGAAAGUGGAUAGAGGGGAGAGGAACUGAGAAAAAGAGAAGAGGGAAUGUAUCCUCUCUGUCUGCUCCCUGCUUGUGUAUGAGCUGAGUGCUCCCCCUCCCUCCUGCCUGUCUGACUGACAGGCUGGGAGCUGCACAGAGCAGAUUUCAGACUCACUCACUGAGUCCGAAAUGCUUGCUCACAGGAUUGCUUGGGAGACCACUAGUGGAGUUUUUAAAGUGAAAAAAACAUGAAAGGAGGAAUUUUUUUUAAAUAAAAGCAAUUAAAAAGUUAUUCAGUAGGGCUUUAUCUUUAAUAUAUAAAAAGUUUGUUUCAUGAAAGGUACACUUUAAAUAGACACUGUACUAUGAACAAACUUUGUAUAGAUACAUAUUCCAUGCGAAUAUAAAAAAAAAAAAAACUAUAUCUUACUAGACAAAGAUGUUUGUUUUAUUUCCUGUUAUAAAAUUCUCACCCCCCCCCCCUCCUUCUGCUGUAACCCCUUAAAGGAGCAGCUAUUUUUCAUUUGUGCACUUCCGCUUAUUUCUUUUCAUCUUCUUAUAGCCAUAACAAUUUUCAUUUUCAAGCUACAGACCUAUAUAAAGGUUUUUUUUUAUGCCACCAAUUGUACUUUGUAAUGAAAUCACUAAUUUUACCACAAAAGCUAACUAACAAAAAAAGCAAAAAUGACACAUUCUUUUAUUCUAUAGGUCCACACGAUUACAAAACCUAAUAAUUUAUAUAGGUUUUGUAUUACUUUUACUUAUUUUAAAUAUUUUAACAUUUUGUAUGAAACUUAGAUGCUUAAAAUUCUUCUGACCCCUAUAACGGGAAUGUAUGAGCACUCAUUUUUUUGCACCGUGAUCUGUAGUUUUUAAAAUACACUGUAGUUUUUAAAAUAAACUUGUAAAAUACCAUAAACAAGUUAUAUAAUGACCAAAAAUAGUGCUGCUUCUCAUGUACAAACCAAUUGCAGCUUAUUCUGAAAAGUCACCUGAAAUGACGGGUACACCUUAAUAUGAGAAGUCACUGCUGCCUGUGGGGGCAGGAAAAUAAUAGGCUAGACUUUCCCACCAGACAGGCUCCAGCAAAGACACUUUGAUCUACACUGGUCCUCAUGUUUACACACCCUGGUGACGUUUGUCCCACCUCUUCCAAUGAUGUUCCACACACUGAAGCUUCACUGAUCGUCGGAAAUGGAUUUGGGUUUAGAGAUGUCAUCAGAAGAGACCGGACAGCUCACAAUCAUCAUAAGCAAACUGAGAGACCAGAAUGGAUCAGUGCAUUGGUGCUGGAGCAUGUGAGGUGAGUACAGUGUAGUUUAUUGUUUUCUAGUCCAAGCAGGCGUGAUUUAUUAUCAUUUAUUAUUAUUAUAUUGUAGAACCCCGUUAACUUUGUAUACACUGUAAAUCAAUCUGCUCAGUUCUUCUUGCUCUGUAACCUGAUACUGGCAGAUGUGAUUGAAUAUUUAAUGUGAUACAUUCCCUCACAAUGAGGAUAAAAUAAUGAAGAAGAAGAUGUAAAACGAGAAUUUUUUGAUGUUAUUGAUACCAACCAAUCCAUUUUCAGCUUCAAAUUUCUAACCUCAUUUUGACAAAUCACAUCUGUGUCCUAACUGGUUGUUGAUAAGCAAUUUGACCGUGUAGUAGGAGAUG